AUGAUUUCUAUUUGGUUUGCGAAGGAAGCAGGAAAGAAAUUGAUCUGUUUUCUUCUGUUUGCUGUACUCUACAUUGCUACUUACUUCGUCAUCUCCAGAUAUAAAAAGAAAGCAGAUGACCAUGAAGAUGAAGAUGCUGUAGUCAAUCAGAUUUCGCUGUUCUUGAGCACCUUCACACUCGCUGUCUCAGCAGGGGCUGUGCUGCUUUUACCGUUUUCGAUUAUCAGCAAUGAAAUCCUUCUGUCCUUUCCCAAAAACUACUAUAUCCAGUGGCUAAACGGCUCUCUUAUCCAUGGGCUGUGGAACCUUGUUUCUCUCUUCUCAAAUCUCUGCUUGUUUGUGCUGAUGCCAUUUGCCUACUUCUUUCUGGAGUCUGAAGGUUUUGCUGGUUUAAAAAAGGGGAUUAAAGCCCGGAUCUUGGAAACUCUUGUUAUGCUAAUACUUCUGGGAUUACUGAUUUUGGGUAUAGUCUGGGUUGCUUCAGCCCUUAUUGACAAUGACGCAGCCAGUAUGGAAUCAUUGUAUGAUUUAUGGGAGUUCUAUCUUCCUUACUUAUAUUCCUGUAUUUCACUGAUGGGAGGUUUACUGUUGCUAUUGUGUACACCGGUUGGUCUUUCUCGGAUGUUUACAGUGAUGGGACAGCUACUAGUAAAACCCACGAUUCUUGAAGAUCUAGAUGAACAGAUUUAUGUUAUCUGUCUACAAGAAGAAGCAAUCCAGCGAAGGUUGAAUGGGAUGGCAUCCAGUGCAAAUUGUAAUGCAGUAGAACUGGGAGAAGAACUGGAUAAUGUACGAGUCAUGAAAAUGAAACUGGAGCGACGAAAAAAAGCAUCUGCAUGGGAGAGGAAUUUGGUUUAUCCAGUUGUAAUGCUAAUUUUAUUAGCUGGGACGACAAUAUCUGUUAUCUUGGUUGCUUUAAACAUCUUGUAUCUCCUGGUUGAUGAAACUGCAAUGCCUAAAGGAUCACAGGAACAAGGGAUAGGAAAUGCAUCUCUCUCCACCUUUGGUUUUGUGGGAGCAGCUAUUGAAAUUGUUCUUAUUUUCUAUCUUAUGGUGUCCUCUGUCGUUGGUUUCUACAGCCUUCGCUUUUUUGGAACUCUGACUCCUAAGAGAGAUGACACAACGAUGACAAAGAUAAUUGGGAACUCUGUUUCGAUCCUUGUGCUUAGCUCUGCAUUACCCGUUAUGUCAAGAACGCUGGGGAUCACAAGAUUUGAUCUCCUCGGAGAUUUUGGAAGAUUCAAUUGGCUUGGAAAUUUUUAUAUCGUAUUAUCCUACAACUUGUUGUUUGCUGUUGUCACGACACUGUGUCUAAUCAGAACAUUUACUUCUGCAGUACGUGAAGAGCUUUUAAAAGCAUUAGGUUUAGACAAGCUUCAGCUCUCACACAGCUCAAGGGACCCAGAAAAGGCAAAACAUCCAGCCAAUGGGCAUCAGAAGUCACUGUGAUACUACUGGAACAUGCAGUACAAAGACUGAAAAUCUCAUUUUUAUAACAUUCUGUACUGUCUUCACAGAGCAGCUGCACCUUAAUUUUAUUGACCAGUAUUUGCAGCUCUAAGAUUAUGACAAGCUGGUCAACAUGCUUCUGUUGGAAACUAAAAGCAGCUACUUCUGAGGCAGUCAGGAAGGAGUGCUUUUGAGGGUUAGAAGGAUUUGUGUGAAAUAUAGUCACAUUUCUGUAAUUUGUUUGGCAAGCACUCAUUGUCUGUCAGCUAGCAAAAAAAUUGCAAAAUCCUGCACCUGUUAUUUUGCAAAAAAGAAAAGCCCAACACUGAGGGUUUGAAGUUUUAGUGCAAUUCACCAUCAUUCUGUCACUAAACAUGUCUUCCUUUUGAAAGCCUUUGAAUGCAAUAUGAAGUUGUACUUCUUUGGCGUUUGAAGUUCUAAGAUAACUGCAGGUAGUACAAUGUGUAAUGAGAAGCAUAUGGGAGGCUGAUCAUAGUGAUGUUUUUAUCCACUUAAAAUGCCUACUUUGCAUAUUGUGCGUCACUGCAGUCGCAGUAUGAUGUUUCCAUUCCACUUAUUUUAUAUUGGUAUGAUAGGCCUGUUCUAGAGACAAAGACAGCUAUGAAUUCCCCCUAAGGAAAAAGAAAAGUGCAGUUAAAAGCUCCAAGUAUCCCGAGUCCAUCAGGGCACUUGUGGUAAAACUACAGAAUCGCCUAGCUAAGAUCUUGAUUCAGACAAGAAAAGAAUCAUGAGGUGAGUAGGCAUUUUUGAGCCAUUUGAUGUAUUGUACAUUCCUUGAAAGGCAUUUGCCUGUAGCUUUAUUAAAAAUGUGUGGUUUGUAGGUAUUAAAAGACAUGCCCAUCUUUGUUUUGAGUAUAUGUAUAAAGAUUAGGCUUGAUACAAAGUGAAGGUUCAUCAAAACAUGGGCAUCAAAGGUAAACGUUGCUAAAAAGCUAACCUGGCAUAGUAUGAUAGUGUUUUUUUAUCUGAUUGUAUGCUUGAUGGCACAGAUGAGGCCUACAAAUCAGUAAGUUAUGCAGCAGGAUUAGUUGGCUUAUUAGUACACACAAUUCAAAACUGCUUUCAAACAUGUUCGGGCUCUAUGAUGUCAGCAUCAAGACCAGUGGUAUUAUGAUGAUGUAUGUUCUCUGUAGAAUGUCUGGCUACUCUUUUACCCAUCUUCACAAUGGCUAAUUUAUGAUUUUACAGUUCAUCAUAAUAUGUGUUGCUCAGUGUAUUACAGGGAUAAACUUUCUCUGUAGGCACACAAGAACAUUUUGAAAAGCAGUUUAACAGAUGUGGCACAUAUGCCUAGUAAAUGUGUUGAAAAAGCACAUCAUAGAAAUAUACAGAUUUCUGUGAACAAUUGCACUGUAUGUGUCCUAUAAAUGUUUUUCCUGUGAAAAGCCAACUAUGUAGCUUCCAUGUAGUUAUCCACUGUUUUGUAAUUACAAAUCUGUUUCUCAACUGUAUGUUUUUUUCAUUUUAGUUUACACAUUUGUCAGACUGUCUGUGAUGUACAGCAAAGUUUACAGUACUUUCUGUCUCCUGAUCAUUGGAGAUGUAUUGUUUGAAUUAAAUAAGUGCUGCCUGAGCCUUAA